CACCACACCAAUCCUGUGGGGACAGAGUGGCGCUGGAAGAUGGAUGAUCCUGAAUUAGUCUACUCAGGGGCUCUAGAGAACCAUGUCAACAUGAUCAAAGAGUUCAAAGGUGUGCCAGGUGUGCUGGCCGCAAGGUUUGAGGAGGGUCUGAAGCCUGCCCACUGCGCCCUGUCCCUUGUGGGAGAGCCCAUUAUGUACCCGGAAAUCAAGUUUAUCCACCUGCUGCACCAGAAACAAAUCUCCACUUUCUUGGUCACCAAUGCACAGUUUCCAGAGGCAAUUAGAAACCUGACACCGGUCACCCAGCUGUAUGUGAGUGUGGACGCGAGUACCAAGGAUAGCCUGAAGAAGAUUGACCGGCCGCUCUUCAAGGACUUCUGGGAGCGCUACAUUGACAGCCUAAGGGCGCUAUCAGAGAAGGGGCAGAGAACUGUGUACAGACUCACGCUUGUCAAGGCGUUCAACACCGACGAGAUUGAGAACUAUGCUAAGCUGGUGGAAAUGGGAAAACCUGAUUUUAUUGAAAUCAAGGGGGUGACCUACUGCGGCGACUCGAAGGCAUCAAAUCUGACCAUGAGUAACGUCCCUUGGCAUGAGGAGGUGGUGAAAUUUGUGCAGGAGUUUGCCAAUGAACUACCCGACUACGAAAUAGCUGCAGAACAUGAACACUCAAACUGCAUUCUUCUUGCUCAUAAAAAGUUUAAGAUAAAUAAUGAAUGGUGGACAUGGAUUGACUACCCAAAAUUCCACACACUGGUGGCUCGUUACACUGGCAGUGGUGGCCAGAUGACGUUCACAGCGGAGGAUUACAUGGCAAAGACUCCCAAUUGGGCAGUGUUUGGUGCCACAGAGCAAGGCUUCGACCCGAAGGAAACGAGAUAUUUCAGAAAGAAUGCCAAGAAAGACAUAGCAGGAUGCUGAGGGUGUGCUUAUUACAUGUACUGUGUCAUACUUGGUGAGAUUCCAGAGAUUUCAUCUGAAUAAUGCUUACCAAUUCAGUUUAUCUGGAUAGUCUGACAAUUAUUGAGUUUCGGUCGACUUUAGAUUUACCCAAGGGGCACACAAACAGUUGAAAAUUUUGCACUUGAGUGUAUGUUUUAAUCUUACCCAAGUAUCAGUUUAUUUUUAAGCUACUUGUUGAAAGCUUGAUAAAGCAUUGCAAACGUUUGAGUGUGUGUGCAUUUGUCAAAGCUUGUCUGGACUUAGUUAUUAAUUGUGCAGUUUUAAAAUAACCAUCAUCAUAAGAAGAUGUGUAUCACCUCUCUUCUUACCUCAAAGGUCGAAGUCAAACUUUAGUUAAAAUAUUGCCACUAAACAGUUUGUUUAGACUGUCACUUUGUCAUUUACCAUGCAAUUUUAAAUCACUUAUACCACAAUUGACAAGCAUGAUAAGAUGGCAUAUUAGGUAAUGAUACCCAUCUCCCAAUCACAAACAUCAGAGUAACACUAGAAGGUCAAAAGUCUAAUUUGGAAAUAAAACUGGUUGUCCUGUAUAUUGUUCAGUUAUCUUUCAAUUUGAAUAUAACUUUCCACACAUGACCUCUAUGAUCUAACAGGUCAAAGGUCAUAUUUGGUCAUUAAAUAGCUUUUCGGAACUCACUAUAAUUUAAACAUUCAUCUUGCAAUUUUAUAUAACUUUUCACAAAUUACCACCAUUAUAAGAGCUUAAAGAGGUAAAACUCAAAUUUGGACAUAAAUGAGCUUUACUGGACUGUUACUUUGUCGUUCGACAUUUAAUUUUAAAAUUGACCACCAUGAAGAUAAGAAAGGUGACAUGUAAUAUCUGUCACCCUAUCUCAAAGGUCAAGGUAACACUUAAAGUUCUCUAUCAUAAAACAGCUUGUUUGGACUGUAUCAGUGUCAAAUGUCCACCACAAGAUGCUAAGUAAGAUAUGUCACCCUACUUCAAGGGUAUAAACAUAAUUUCUCAUGCAAUUUAUCAAUAAAAUGGACGGCAAAUGUCCACUCCUUGGAGGUGUGCCAACUCUUGGGCAAGACUUAAGGUGCAGCCUGGUGCAGCUUGUUAAAUUAUUACAAGCUUUGCUGACAGGAAUUGAAUGUUUAAUGCUUCGCAUACAAUUGAAGACAUAACAUACUCAGUAAAGAAAACGACUUGUGUUCUUACAUGGCAAUAUUCAAUUUCAUCCCAUGUAAGGAUUUCACCGAUUGUUUAAAGUAUUUUUAUUCUUGUCCUCUUUAUGAAUCAUUAACCCAAUUUCUAGACUAAAGACUUUCUAAAGUUGUACUGGCACGUUCACUUCCACACAUUGUAAUAAUUUACACACACAAAAUAGAAAACAAAAUAGUACAUACUCAUUUUACAAAUAUCUUUGUAUAAUAUAUAAUUGUGUGUUUUUUUUGGUAUUUGCAUGGGUUAUGACAUUACAUUUUUAUAUUCUUCUGUUAUUGUAACAUGGUUUGAAUCAUUGUGUUUGUCUUAUUAAAUUGAACAUGUUGAUUUGUUUAAUGAACUUUAUAGUGUACUUAAUUUUGGAUAUUGCCUUUGAAAAGGUAUUAUAACAUGCAACCAUUACAUUUCCACAUGUUUUACAAUUUCUAUAUUUUACUCCUUGGUUUUACUCAAUUGGUGGUAAAUUGUAAAUGUUAAUAUUCUUUCCUGAAUAAAUUCACCAUUCUGGUU